AGCACGUGAACGCUGAUGCGGAAGUGAUGGAGAAGUAUCAUGGGAAGUGAGUCGGUUGUGUCUGUAUUAAACAUGUCGGGGUCAGUUGUGUGUUGGUUGAACCUGCUGCUGUUUCUUCAAGUCGGGGCUCAGCUCAGGGACAAUGUCCGGCAGCAGUGGCCGGUUCCCUACAGACGGUUUGACCGCCGGCCUGCUGCCGACUCCUACUGUGAAGCCCUCUUCCCGUUCUGUCCCACCGGAGACGACGACGGACGGAUUCCCUCCAUGAGCGACACUGACGUGAUCUCAGUGUACAGACUGCAAACACCUGUGUGGGAAUUCAAGUACGGAGAUCUGCUGGGGAAAUUGCAUAUCAUGCAUGAUGCCAUCGGGUUCAGCAGCAAAGAGACGGGGGCCAACUACACCAUGGAGUGGUAUGAGCUGUUCCAGCUGGGAAACUGCACCUUCCCUCAGCUGCGACCCGACGUGUUCGCACCUUUCUGGUGCAACCAGGGAGCCGCCUGCUUCUUCGGCGGCAUCGACGACACACACUGGUCACAAAACGGCACAUUGGAGAAGUUGGGAGAAGUAACUGGGGGCCAGUUCAAUGACAUGGCUCAGUGGGUCCAAGACGACAACGAGACCGGGAUCUAUUACGAGACGUGGACAGUCCGCUCUGACCCCGGACCAAAUGCCACCGCGUGGUUCGAGUCUUACGACUGCUCCCAGUUUGUCCACCGCACGUACAGGAAACUCUCUGAGCUCGGAGCCAAACUCUCCAGUCGAUCUCAAACCAACUACACCAAGAUCUACCUGUACAGCGGAGAGCCCAGUUACCUCGGAAACGACAGCGCCAUAUUCAGUCAGCCCGCUCUGAAGAACCUGGCCAUGGACAUCCGUAAGUUUUACCAGAGGUUCCGGCCGCACCAGUCGUUUAUAGACCUCGCCAUCAGUCUACUGGAGGCGUAUAAAAAGGUUGUGCUGGACAAGAGCUUUUACCUCUACUACAACUUUGAGUACUGGCAUCUGCCAAUGAAACCGCCUUAUGUGCAUAUUACAUAUGAAGAGGUGCCUUUGCCUUAACGUACGAAUGAAUCAGUCUAUUAACUAUUUAAAUGAUGGAUUAUUUAAAUAAUUGUCAACGCUCAAAGUAACAUUUUUGAUGAUUAAUGAUGUUCAUCAGCUGAUUUUGCUCAGUUUAAAGUACUCUCUGCAGUUUUCUUGUUAAGAAACAUGUAUUCUGUUGUCAUCCAGUAUUUCUUAACAAAAUGCACUGUAUGUAUCCUCGAGGCUUGUUUACUGUCGUUUCUUCUUCAUAAAUCAUUUGCACACCUCAUGUUUUGAAUGUCUCACACUGUGCUUUCUUCCACACGCUUGUUUGCUGCCUCUCUUGGUGCAUUGCUGAAUUUGAAGGCAACUGUGUCAUAUCCACCAGCUGAUGAAGAAAAUGUGAUAUGGUCUCCAGAACAUCUACUAAAUGGAACUUUUCAUUAGAUUGUCUUUUUAAAUUGGUGGAAACAUUUUUUUUUUUAUGUUUAAUUGGUGACAAACUGACCCUUCACUUACAUCAUCGGUGAAAACGUAAUUAUUUCUGUUCUGUUAUUCAAGAGAGCUUGAAUGCUUUCCUAACUCGCUGCUUUAAAGUAUAUGAGGAUGUUCACCAACAAAACAAGGACUGUUUCACACAUUUUAUCUUCUGGUUUUACGGAUAAAAAAACCCUGCAAUUAUUUUAAAUGUACAAGGAUGUGUCAUAUGGUAAUCAGGUCCAGUUUUCAUAUAAACGUAAAUUAACUUAUUUACACUUGCAUUUUAUGUAGCAUGAUCUUUCUAUUUAAUCAAGCUAAUCAUGUGCACUAUGACGUACUUCAGUGUUUGGAAAAGAAUGAAAUGACAGCUGCAGAGUACAUUCAGAAAUUUUAUUACCGGUAUAAGAUCACAUAUCCAAAACAAUUGUCAUUUCAAGACAGGUGACCAGUAAAGCAAUGUAGACAAAACAUUUGCCAAACAGAAGCAACACUAAAGGACACCAGUUUAUUCCAAAUAAAACUUACCAAAGAAAUCGCAGGACAACUGAUCGAGAAGCGAUAUUAAGACACAACCUCAGCUCGAAGCUGCUGUCAUUAUUGUUAAAUACACUGAAUAAAUUAAUAAAAAUAAUCCAGCGAUAUGUUACUGUACCGUUAAGAUGCGAGAGUACACGAGCAUAGACAAUCAGCACAGGCAUCUACUUCAAUGACCAGACACCCAUACAAUAAUAAACUAUGUUAGAUAUCCUGCAACUUAAGUGUCUCAGUUUGUAGUUUGUGUUACAGUUUAGCUACAUUUAGUGUCUACAUGAGAAUGAUGAAUACAAACGAAUGAAGUCUGGCAGAAGUUGUAA